AUGAGCUCCUUCGUGACUCUCUCCUCAGGGCAGAGGAUGCCCGUGAUCGGACUUGGCACGUGGAAGAGCGCUCCAGGACAGGUGAAGCAGGCAGUGCUGGCAGCUUUAGACUGUGGGUACAGACACAUUGACUGUGCUGCUGCGUACAGCAAUGAACAAGAAGUGGGAGAGGCUCUGUCUAUCAGGGUCGGCUCCGGCAAGGCUCUGCGUCGUGACGAGGUGUUCAUAACAUCCAAACUGUGGAACACCAAACAUGACCAGGCGGAUGUUGAGGAAGCGUGCAGGAGUAGUCUGGCCCACCUGGGUCUCUCCUAUUUGGACCUGUACCUUAUACACUGGCCCAUGGCAUUUCAGCGGGGGAAGGAGCUGAUGCCUCGACGGGAAGAUGGAAGUGUGUGUUACUCUGACACACACUACAGAGAGACGUGGGCUGCCAUGGAGAGCCUAGUGGACAAAGGUCUGGUCAAAGCUAUAGGACUGUCCAACUUCAACGCCAGGCAGACGGAUGACAUCAUCAGCAUGGCCAGACACGCACCUGUGGUGAAUCAGGUGGAAUGCCAUCCUUAUUUGUCUCAAGCAGAUCUCCUGUCUCACUGUCGGUCAGUGGCAGUUUGUGUGACAGCCUACAGUCCUCUGGGCAGCGGGGACAGACCCUGGGCCUCUCCUGAUGAACCAAGUCUGCUACAGGAUCCUCGACUGGGAGCUAUCGCGCAGAGAUACCAGAAAACAUCUGCCCAGGUUAUACUCAGGUGGCAUGUUCAGAGAGGUGUUGUGUGCAUCCCUAAAAGUGUGACACCCUCCAGGAUCCAGCAGAACUUGCAGGUGUUUGACUUUUCCCUGUCAGAAGACGACAUGAAGCAGAUUGAAUCCUUCAACUGCAACGAGCGCUUUAUUGUCCCGACAGUUGAGAGAGAUGGCAAGAGAGUUUGGAGAGAUGCAGAACAUCCUCAUUUCCCCUUCAAUUAUCCUUACUGAGUUUAAACACAAGAAAUGCAAUAUUGCAUUUCUUAAGAAGUUUGUCACUGACUGAAGAAACCAAAUAUCUAAACUGAAAUCGAAUGUGAUCAAAUUUUUUUAAUUUUUCCCUUUUGGAUGAAUAUCAUUAAUUUAAUGAGAGACUAGAUUUGUGGCAGUGCUUAAAACAUGCGUUUCUAGUCACUUUUAUAAAACUUCCUCUGCCAGUGACACUAUGUGGUCAGUGACAACUGCCUCUCUGCCCACUGACAGCUUUGAUCACCGUCAUCAUGUUUCAGAGUGGACUUUAAGAGACAAUCACUGAAUUACUGCAGCAGCGCUCUGAGCACUUCAUCUUUCAAUCAUGUUGCACUGAACUGAACAAUUCAUUAUUUUUAAAUCUAUUUAAGUGAAUAACUAUUGUGAAAGUCAAUUUAUCUUCUCCAUGUUUCUCAUGUAAAACAUCAAAUGCCUUUUGUAAAGACUGUACACGAACUCUGUAUCAAUA